CGUUUCCUAUCCGGGCACUACUUCCGGACCCAAGUGAUGAUAGUUGCAGUCCAAUUUUCAGCAUCAUUCUUCAGACCACGUGGGCUAUAGUGCUCCUUGUACUGGGAGUAGUAUGCACAGUAUACAAAAGAAUGUGGCGCUUCGACGCUGUGGAUAUGCCCUUCUUAACCUAUCUGUUGUUCAAUUUAGAACUGCUUUUGGGGCUUUUAAUUAGUUUAAUAGUAUUCGCUACUUGCCAAUGGAAGCGUUCCGCUUACGAAGAUAUCUUAUCUCAAAUGGUUGAUAUUUUGGUGGAAUUCAAACAUUUAAACCAAGAACUUGAUCUUCGUCUGCUUCGGCGCCUAUUCAAUAAGCUGCUUCUGGGCGUUGGUAUAUUUCUCUCGACUAUAGUUACAGUUGAUGCUAUCUACCACAAUCAUUUCUAUAAGAGUGCUUGUGGUGCAGGAGCUUAUUUUAUUCCACAUGCGGUUCAAAUAAUAACCUCGCUGCAGUAUGUUUAUGUUCUGAUAUUUGCUUAUCGAAAAUGUAAAUCUAUGAACAAAUCUAUCCUCUCCUUACGAUUUGUUCUGAAAACUGAUCUCAUCAGCUAUACCACAACUUUAGAAAAAAUGAGAAAACAACACAUGGAACUUCAUCGGCUGGUGUUCAAGAUGAAUAAAUACUUCGGGGUAUUUAAUAUAUGUUCAAUCGUAUUGGUUCUAACCGCGACCAGUACUACGUGUUUGGAAGUAUAUCAAACGAUUCAAAGAAAAGACUCUGGUUUAUAUUUGACUUAUUCCGGGUUAUGGAUUGUGCUGCAUUGUUCCAAGCUGGUGUUCAUUUUAUACCCAAACUAUCUGAUGGAAAAUGAGAGAGAUCUAACAGGGAUCAUCCUACACGGGUUACCACAGUGUGAACAUCAGCAAUAUAAAAUUGAAGUAACUGAUUACUCUGAUCGUGUCUACUGUUUUUGGCAGGUAAUGGCAUUCUCAAGGCAAGUAAUCCACCAAAAAGGAUCAUACACCGCUUGUGGGAUUGUGGAUCUGAAUUUGUCAGUGAUUGCAAGUAUUUUUGGAGCUUUGGCGACAUUUUUGAUAAUUUUGAUUGAA